UGUAACUCUCCAAAUCAGCUGUUGAGUUUGAUAAACAGGGAGCACAGCGAAGAGACGUAUUUAGUACCUGUUCAAGAUGUCCCUGUCCAUUGGCAGCGGUGAAGACGGCGUGUCCCUGGUGAGGAAGAUGCUGAGGGAGGUGCUGGUGGGUCGGGAGGAUCCAGAGGGUUUUUUCGCUCUGUGUGUGUCCGUCCUUGGGCACCACGACACCCGGGCACAGUUCCUGACUAUCAUCCGGCCUCUGUCCACGGCAAAUAUAGCUCUGCAUUCCGCGUUGACGGCAAUCUACGAGGAAUAUUUCAGAAAUACUGAAGAUGAUGAGCUGCAACUUGCAAUGGCACUCUCUCUCCUGGAUACAGAAGAAAUCACCACUACCACCAAGCAGAGCACCACCCAGAAUGUCAAUCAGUGCUCCCUUCCCUACAUGUCUGAAGAUGUGUCCACUGUCCAAAAUAAGUCUGUACUAAAUAUACAGAACAGUGACCAGAGCUCCAGACAGUCUUCCCCAUCUUCUAAGCAGAACUCUUCUGAACCUAAACGUUCUAAGAGGAGAAGGCAGAGGAGUAAGGGGACAGGGCAGCAGGUAGUUGGGUUACCUACAGCUCCAUCAUCUCAGCCCCCAGUCCUGCUGUGGUUCAGGAGGGACUUGAGGCUGUGUGAUAACCCUGCCAUGAUCGGGGCAUUGGAGAUUGGUGCACCUGUCAUCCCUGUCUUCAUCUGGGCUCCUGAUGAGGAAGAAGGCCCUGGGACCACUGUGGCCAUGGGAGGGGCUUGUAAGUUCUGGCUUCACCAAGCUCUGUCCUGUCUGCGUUCGUCUUUGGAGCGGAUCGGUAGCAGUCUUGUGUUCCUUAAGGCUGAGAGUGGCUCCUCACUUCAGACACUGAGGGGGCUGCUACAGGAGACUGGAGCCUGCACUGUGGUGGCCAAUGCUUUGUAUGAGCCCUGGCUUAAGCAGAGGGAUGAUCUGGUGCUGUCCGGUUUGCACAAAGACGGGGUGGGCCUCAAGAUGUAUCACUCCUACUGUCUCAGAGACCCCUAUUCUGUCAGCACAGUGGGAGUGGGGCUCAGAGGGAUUGGUUCUGUGUCCCACUUCAUGAGCUGUUGUAAACAAAAUCCAGGGCCUCCUCUUGGGGCAACCCUGGACCCCCCUGUGUCUCUGCCCACCCCCUCUCACUGGCCUUUAGGUGUAACUUUGGACACGCUAGAAUUAGCCAAGAUGCCCCGACGGAAGGAUGGCACCAUAAUUGACUGGGCAGCUAACAUUCGUAAGUCUUGGGAUUUCAGUGAAGAGGGGGCACAUGCCCAGUUAUUCACUUUCCUUCAAGAUGGGGUGUACAGGUAUGAGAAGGAGUCAGGCAGAGCAGACUACCCUAACACCAGUGGCCUGUCUCCAUACCUUCACUUUGGACAGCUGAGCCCACGCUGGCUCCUGUGGGACGCCAAAGAGGCAAAGUGCCGCCCCCCAAAGUUCCAGCGUAAACUAGCCUGGAGAGACCUGGCCUACUGGCAGCUCAGCCUGUUCCCUGAUCUGCCAUGGGAGUCCCUCAGACCGCCUUAUAAGGCCCUCCGCUGGAGCUCCAACCAGUCACACCUGAAAGCAUGGCAGCGUGGCCGGACUGGGUACCCUCUGGUGGAUGCAGCCAUGAGGCAGCUGUGGCUCAGCGGCUGGAUGAAUAACUACAUGAGACACGUGGUGGCGUCUUUCCUCAUCGCAUACCUGCACCUGCCCUGGCAGGAAGGAUACCGCUGGUUCCAGGACACCCUGGUGGAUGCAGACGUGGCCAUAGAUGCCAUGAUGUGGCAGAAUGGAGGCAUGUGUGGACUGGACCACUGGAACUUUGUCAUGCACCCUGUGGACGCAGCCAUGACCUGUGACCCCUGUGGUGCCUUUGUCAGACAGUGGUGUCCAGAGUUGGCCGACCUGCCUGAUGAGCUCAUCCACAAACCCUGGAAAUGCCCUGCCUCCAUGCUCAGACGUGCCGGUGUAGUACUGGGACAAUCCUACCCUGAGCGUAUCAUCACAGACCUGGAGGAGCGUAGGACCCAGUCUCUGAAGGACGUGGCCCAGGUGCGUCUACAGUUUAAACAGUAUGUGGACCAGGGCAGCGGCUGUGACCUGGUCCCCCUGCCCCCCCGCCUGGUCUCUGAAGCUCUGGGUAUCCACGGCGAGACAGUGGUGAGGGGCAAACAGUUCCUCCUCCCUCUCAUAACACGCAUGGAGUUCAAACAUCAACUGGAGGAACCGGAUGCGGACGCAGUCUCCAACCCAUACAAUGCUGUUUUAAAGGGGUAUGUGAGCAGGAAGAGAGAUGAGACCAUAGCUUUUCUGAAUGAGCGAGAUUUCACGGCCAGUGUGAUGAACGAGGGAUCGCAGAGGAGAGAGAGGAUGGAUGUGAACUAUAGGAAAAUGGAAGGUCUACCACAGUCUCGCGAGCCUAGAGGACGAGCCAGGCGGACUCCAACAGCCAAAGACAGGUUCUCCAUAGUUCCUGGAGCUGUGGUCAAUACACUCAGAUAGAACUCAACAUGCUUUAUUUUUAUAUGGUUCAUUUAUUUAUUAUUACUGAAAAUAUGGGGAAAACUGGUGUCGCAGUGGUGUGAUGGGUGGAGUGGAUUCUUAAUAGUGUUAUUGUUAACAUUUCCAUUGUAAUGUAAUCAUGAUACCUUCUUACAGUUCAGUUUUAUAUUUUUUUGUGUUUCAUAGUGUAUGGACUGUUAUGAUGCAGCAUAUGCAUUUCUGUCAGGGUAUAUAAGCAAUAAAUUUUCUGCUACUUUAGAUGUUUUGAAGUUAUGCAGAAUUAUCACCAUACAUCUUUUAGAAUGUCCAAUCUUGUUUGAUCCCCAAAGCUGAGCUGGGCUUGAUUAGUAUUUGGAUGGGAGACCAAUGGAAAUAUCAGGUACCACAGCAGACAAGCAGGAAACUUCAACAAUCUUGUCUUGUGUGAAUGUGAUGAUCAGAGGGGGUUUGAGCAUCUCGAAAAAGCGCAAUACAACUAAUGCACAGUUAGAUGCAAAGGUGGGUAGAAGAGUCAAAAAUUGCACUCAAGUAAGAGUAAUGUUACUUCAAAAUAAUAUUAAUCAAAUAGAAAAUACUCACAUUAAAGAAGAACUUGGGAAAAGUACUAUUCAAGAAAGAGUAACUGUCAUGAAGUAACAUUUGAUUAAUAAUUUGUGAGUGUACGUAAUUUGAAGGGCAAAACUAUAAUUAAAUAUUGUGCAAAAUCUGCUCUUUUCAAAAAACAGAGACUAACUAAAUCAUAUCUGAAGGACCGGUGCAAGAAAAACAAAUGUUCAAACAAUUUCAUAUUGUCAACAUAGAGCUUUUGUCACUUGUGGACGGUUGGAACAGUAGCCAAAACUUUUACUCAACUUACUGGUACUUCAUUUAAAAUAUUACUAAAGUAUGAGUAAAGGUAUGGUAGAAAGGUACUCCAAAAAGCAUAUCUUUAUUUUUUUUAAUUACUCAAGUUAAUAUAACUGAGUACUACACACCUCUGGUUAUAUCUGAAUAUUGAGUUUAUUGUCUAGACCUGGUAAAAAGAGGUACUGUAUAAAUUUGCAGUUGAAUCUUACUGGUGGGUAUAUAGAACAUUUUUAUUUAAUUUUACUCUCCAUUCAUUUGCGUAAAACUUCAACCUUUAAUUUACAAGCACAUUAUUCAUUUUUAUACUGUUUUGUUACCCACCAAUACGUAUAGUUUACGUAUUUCCCUAAAUACACUAUAGUCUAGUGUGAGUAUAGUGACUAGACCUUUGAAUGGGUUGGGUUAAGCCUUUUGACCUGUAACAUAUUUGAUGCAAAUAUUAAGACAACAUGCAGAAAAUAUUCAAGUGGGACCUAGAACCACUAUAUGUUGUCCAUAAUCUAGUUUUACAUUGUUUUGGCAGACAUAUAUUUCUCUAUUUUUUGUACUUUUAUUUU